AUGUCAGCUGACUUAUCACUCAUUUCACCAGCAGUUUCUUCAAGCUAUAGUACAUGUAAGAAAGAUAGUAUGGGAGAGAAUAUUGGAAAGAUAGUUACAAUGGUAUUUGUUGUUCCAAGAGUUGAUGUACAUGCUCCCCCUUCCUCUGAUGUUCUACUCAACGCAUUUAAGCAUACAAACCCCAGUGCCUUCAAAGUAACAGAAAUCAUGACAGGCGUUCUGGUCUUCAUUCUUUUGGUCAUUAGUUUGGCGCAUGGAAGGGAAAGGGUUUACAUACUUCCUCGAUUUCUAUUCAUCAGGGCAACUUUAAUCAAUCUCAGAACUCUCUGUAUUAGUUUUACAACCUUCAGUAUCCCAACAAGGGUACUCUCUCAACAAUGUUCGAAUCUUCAAGAGCUGACUCAAGAAAAGUUGUGGAAAUCUAUUAACCUUUUCGAGUUUAGUGAAACAUGUGGAGAUUACGUCUUUUCUGGACAUGCCACCACACUCAUUGUUGCUGUUUGGUUUGUGUGGUAUUACAGAAGGAGUAUUUCAAUAAUUUCAUCCCUAUCAUCAUCUAGAUCAUCAUCAGCCUUUAUCAAAUUGAUGAAUGUCCUUCUGAUUUGUUUGGUUGUGAUUGGAUGUAUGUGUAUUCUAUUUGCAAAGGAACAUUAUUCAGUGGAUGUAUUUGUUGGAGGCCUGAUUUCAGUCAUGAGGUGUGCUCUGUAUCAUUUACUGGUGGAUUUGUAUAGAAAACGUUGUGAGGAGGAUUCAAUAAUCCCUGAAAAAUGUGGGGUUGUGUAUUCAUUUGUGGUUCAGAUUGGUGGAGGGUGGCUGGAAGAACAAGGAUUCAGAAAAUAUUUAACUCAAUUGGGGCUCAUGUGGAAAAUUAAGUAUCAACUUUUUAGAAAACAAAAUAGCUUGAGAACAUCUUGUAAAAUUAAUAUUUGUAAUUUCUCCAAGUAUUAA